AUAGCAACAGUAGCAAUGGCGGAUAAAGAUGGCUGACACAAAGGAAGAUCGUAAGAGUCUCAAGCAGCCCCUGGUAUCAAGUCACAGCAGGCAAAAGAGUCCAGAAGAUAGAGAAACAACCCCUUCUUUACGUAAAGACAAUUCUCUUUGUUUUGGACUGCACAGUGAGGCUAAUCACAGGAGAAUAGCAAUCGUGGAGCAGUGUUUUGGUAGUAAUGGUCAGUCCCUCACUAAAACCGGUAGAGUUCUUGUUGGUGAGGGAGUUUUAACGAAAAUGUGUAGAAAGAAAGCAAAACCGAGACAAUUCUUUUUAUUCAACGAUAUUCUGGUGUAUGGAAAUAUCGUCAUAGACAAGAGAAAGUAUAACAAACAACAUAUUGUCCCGCUAGAAGAUGUUAAAAUCCAGUCACUUGAAAAUGAUGGACCAUGGAAGAAUGGAUGGCAGGUCAUUAGUCCCAAGAAAUCCUUUGCAGUGUAUGCAGCAUCACCAACAGAGAAAUCAGAAUGGAUGGCACACAUUAAUAAAUGCAUAGCUGACCUCCUUGCCAACAGUAACAAGAGACCGGCAACAGAGCACGCUGCUGUUUGGGUCCCUGACAGUGAAGCACAGACUUGUAUGCAUUGCCUCAAAGUCAAGUUUACUCCAAUACAAAGAAGGCAUCAUUGUAGGAAAUGCGGUGCUGUAGUUUGUGGUGGAUGCUCUAACAAGAAGUUCAUCUUGUCAUACCAGUCUGACAAACCCGUUAGGGUCUGCAUCACCUGCUAUGAAGUACUCAGUAACUCUGUACCCGAUAAAGACAAAUCAUCUAUGAUAAGACCCGACUAUGAGUCUGCAAGUGCAUCAGUGUGGAAUAGUGAUGAGCAGUUGAAUGAUGAUGAUACGGCUAGUGGUGGCAGUGCUGAUGGAGGAGUAAGUGCAAGAGGAGGAAUGGGCACCAGUGAUCCUAUUAUAACACCACAACCUCGCUAUGGAUCCUCCGAUGAAGAAGAAGAUGAUAUUGAACUCCCUCCUGGUUCAUUGCCAGAGUCUCAUCCUCAGUUUUAUGAUUUUGGAACUACUGAAGUAUUGAUCAGUUGAAUGGAAGGGAGAAGGAGAUGCACAUGAGGGUCGCAUGAUUGUCAUAUAAACCAUUUUAUUAUUAUUUUGAAUAAUGCAUGACCUCUUUUAUGUUUUCAUUUUUUGUUAUUACAGUUUGUGGAUUAAACUAGA